AUUUGAUUCUUUCCGCUUAUUAAAAAUAAAAUAAAAAAUCAACAUCGAAAGUCGAACCCCUUGGGCCUCUCACAAAGCUAACAUCUCCACCCAUAAUAGGUCCAAUACUCUCACACGUGCCACUACCUCAAUUUGCAUUGCACCAAUUUUCGCACGUGCCACUCUUCUCCUUAUUUAAACACUAACCGCUCUUUACUCUUCACCGUUCUUCACUUAUCCCACACACACAAACUCGCCGGAAUAUUCCCUUUCUCCAUCGUGUACGGCGAACUUCCGUGAUAGUGAAUUUGUGAAAUGCCGUAUUUAGUAAGGGAAAAUCUGUUCAUCAGUAACAUUGGAGAUGCUGCGGAAAUUCUCGAGAAAGGAAGCGAUGAGAUUACUCAUGUAUUGUCAAUGUUGAGUUCAUCGUCGAUUUCGUUUUUCAGUGAAUGGAGGAGUUCGCUUGUGAUUCCGGCGAAGGAAAUCCGUCGAGUUUUUGCCGGAGAUUCGGAGUUUGUUGAUGGUUCGAAGAGCGCACUUUCUCCGGAGAAGGAGGUUUAUAAUAUGGAGUAUGCUGGAAAGGAUUUGAAGAUUGUGAGGAUGGCUGUUCCACUUAAAGAUACUGAGGACGAGAAUUUGUUGGAUUAUUUGGACGUUUGUUUGGAUUUUAUUGAAGAUGGAAGGAAAAAUGGAGCUGUUUUGGUGCAUUGUUUUGCUGGUGUUUCAAGGAGUGCAGCAAUUAUCACAGCGUAUUUGAUGAGAUCAGAACAACUAUCUCAGGAAGCUGCGCUUGAAUCCUUACGGCAAUGUUGUGAGUUUGUUUCACCCAAUGAUAAUUUUCUAGAACAGUUGAAAAUGUUUGAGGAGAUGGGUUUUAAAGUUGAUCGCGGUAACACCCAAUAUAAGCGAUUUCGUUUGAGAAUAUUGGGUGAUUCAUAUAAUCGUGGGCAUAAAAUAGACAGCUCAAAGUUUGGAGCAGAUCCUGGCUUGCCACAACAAGUUGAGUCUCCUAGGCCAGAAGGAUUGCCAGAUGGUAAUAAAAAUUCUAAUGUUGCAUAUCGCUGUAAGAAGUGCCGGAGAGUUGUUGCUUUGCAAGAGAAUAUUGUGGAUCACGUUCCAGGUGAAGGCAUGUCAGCCUUUCAGUGGCACAAAAGGAGAAGUGGAAACCCAUAUGACAAAUCUGAUGAUUUUGGAUGCUCCUCCAUUUUUGUUGAGCCAUUAAAAUGGAUGAAAGCAGUUGAAGAAGGGGCGAUUGAGGGGAAACUGUUAUGUGUCCACUGUGAUGCUCGCUUAGGCUACUUCAACUGGUCAGGUAUUCAAUGCAAUUGUGGGAGUUGGAUCACCCCUGCAUUUCAACUUCAUAAAAGUCGAAUAGAUCUCAGCACCAUAUAGUUACCCAGGCCUUUGAGUCUAUCUUUAUUGCAAGAGGCACUGGGGUUUCAAAUGAUCAUCAAGAAACUUGUUCUUUGGUUUGGAGCCAAUAAAGAAGUGCUUCCUUGCAGCACAGAAUACGCUACACAAGUUUUAUUUUGUAUACUUAAUCAAUUUUUUUUUUCUUUUUUCCUUCUGUUAUUCUAGUCUACAUGAAAUAUGUGCACCAGUUUCUCAGAGAACUCGAGUAUGGAAUUGAUUUUGAAAACACAUAUACAAGUAUAAAUUGAUGAUGAUGAAAAGUUUGGCCUUACGCAAAAAUUGUAUGAAGUACUCCGCAUUAGUUAUGUGUGUUGAAAAAUUUGCAAUAUAAGAGAUUACAGACUUAA